CCGUGUCGGUGUCACAACCGGCUGGAAUGAGGCGUGCACUCACUCGUCGAAAGAAGGACCGCAUUUCCUUGAUUGUGAAAGUUAUGCUGUAGCAGGCUCCACCUCUAUGGGAAGCAAUUAUAAACUAUGGGUAAUUUGAUUGGUCCUAGCGCUAGUCAAUCUUCGCUGCUUACACAUAAUACCGGUGGAUACGGAGGACGGCUCAACUAAGAAAAUGAUAAGGUCAUUCGAAUUACUGUGGCGAGCGAGUUUAUUGCUACAAUGAAACUGAAAAAAAUUGUACUGGCGAUAGGAAUGAACGGAUGAUUUCUAUAGAGGCAAAGUCGAACCAAGGGGGCAGGCAAAUUUGAUAUAAAUACUCCGGAGGGGGGGGGCAAUGCGCUGUUAUCUGAGACCCUUGUGUCUGUCAAUGUGCAAGUAGACGCCAGAGCGGUGGAAGGUUUUGCUAAACCAAUCAAGGUGGAAUUGUACAAAACGAGUUCCACGUCCGGUGUAAUACGCACAUUACUGUGUUUGUGGGGGACGUGAAACAAGGAUGAUGCGCCUGGCUUGCUGCACCGUCCUCCUCUUCCUGCUCCGUCUCUUGGUGGGCCUGCCCUGGUUCCAGGUCCUCCCCUCCAUCCUCAUCUUCUACCUGGGCUCUGGAGGCUGGAAGUUCGUACUCAUUUUCGCCAAAACCAUCAGAAGAGAUUUACAUGCGGCAGGCGUCCUCCUCAAGGUGAAGUCAAACGUCAAUCGUCACCUGAAGGAACGAAACACCCUCCCUAAGAUCUUCGCCGAGACGGUGCGUCGCCAUGGGGACAAGACUGCGCUCAUUUUCGAGGGCACAGGCGAGAAGUGGUCCUUCCGGCAGCUGGAUGAGUACUCCAACCGUGUAGCCAACCUGCUGCUCCAGAGGGGCUUCGUGGAAGGGGAUGUGGUGGCUCUCUUCAUGGAGAACCGGUCCCAGUACGUGGGCCUCUGGCUGGGCAUGGCCAAGAUAGGAGUGGAGGCUGCUCUGAUCAACUUUAACCUGCGGCUGGAGGCCCUGGUGCACUGCGUCACCAUCUCAAACGCUAAGGCUGUGGUGUUCGGCAGCGAGCUGACCGAGGCUGUGUGUGAGGUCCACAGUUCCAUGGGGAAGACAGUACAGAUGCUGUGUUCAGGGGACUGGGACCCCAAACGUGUCCCUGCAGGGACAGAGUGCCUGGAGCCUCUACUGGAUGCCGCCCCGACCCACCUGCCCAUCCGCCCAGACCGCUGCUUCACUGAUCGUCUGUUCUACAUCUACACAUCUGGGACCACCGGGAUGCCCAAAGCUGCCAUCGUGGUGCACAGCAGGUACUACCGCAUGGCAGCCUUGGUAUACUACGGUUUCGGUAUGACGUCUGAUGAUGUGUUGUACGAUUGCCUUCCACUCUACCACUCCGCAGGAAACAUUGUUGGCGUGGGGCAGUGCCUGAUCCACGGCAUGACAGUGGUCAUCAAGAAGAAGUUCUCUGCCUCCCGGUUCUGGGACGACUGUGCCAAGUACAACUGCACGAUUGUCCAGUACAUCGGGGAGAUAUGCCGGUACCUGUUGAACCAGCCGGUAAAGGACAUAGAGGGUAAACACAAGGUCCGUAUGGCGCUCGGUAACGGCCUGCGCCAGUCCAUCUGGGAAGAGUUCACCUCUCGCUUCAACGUACCACAGAUAGCAGAGUUCUACGGAGCCACAGAGUGCAACUGUAGCCUGGGAAACUUCGACAACAUGACAGGAGCAUGUGGCUUCAACAGCCAGAUCCUCCCCUUCAUCUACCCCAUCAGACUGGUGAAGGUAGAUGAGGAGACCAUGGAGCUCAUCAGAGGCCCCGAUGGCGUCUGCAUCCCCUGUGGGCCUGGUGAGCCCGGCCAGUUGGUAGGCAGGAUCAAUCAGAAAGACCCCCUGAGAAGGUUUGACGGCUACGUGAACGAAGGAGCCAACAGCAAGAAGACUGCUAACAGUGUCUUCAAGAAGGGAGACACUGCCUAUCUCUCAGGCGACGUCCUAGUCAUGGACCAGUAUGGUUACAUGUACUUUAAGGAUCGUACAGGGGACACGUUCCGUUGGAAGGGAGAGAACGUGUCGACCACAGAGGUGGAGGGAACACUGAGCCGUCUGCUGGACAUGAUGGACGUGGUAGUCUACGGAGUGGAGGUGCCAGGGGCUGAGGGGAAGGCUGGGAUGGCCGCCGUAGCAGAUCCAGAGAGAUCUACAGACCUGGAGAAGUUUGGGAAGGAUCUAGAGAAAGCUCUGCCACCCUACGCACGACCCGUCUUCCUACGCUUCCUCAAAGAGGUCAACAAGACAGGCACCUAUAAGUUCCAGAAGACAGACAUGCGGCAGGACGGUUUUGACCCCAGCAUGGUAUCAGACAAACUGUACUUCCUGGACCCCACCAGGGGGCGCUAUGUAGAGCUGCAUCAGGAGCUCUACAGCAGCAUCAUCUCAGGGAAGCAGAAACUGUAACUGUGAGAUCUGAUCACUCUUACCACCCCCCCCCAAAAAAAGAAUUAUCACCCCCAUCCACCCACACACACACACACACCCUAUUCCUGAAGUCACUCUCCCAACCCCAGAGAAACUCUUAACUCUUACAACCCACCUCUCUGCUCUCUCUAAGCCCACACCCCUCGUUACUUCAGUGACCACAGUGAGGGGCAGCUGGCUCAUCCAGGUCACAUGACAAGCCAAUCUGACACCAUAUCCCACGAUAGACCUAGAGCGACCUUUGACCUCUAAAGGCACCCAAGAGCUUGACCUUGAACUUGACCUGCCCUGGAGCUAUAGGAACGCUCGCUGGAAGGACACAGCUCGCUGGCUGAGAGGGGUGUGUGGCAUGUCCAGAAUGCAAAAACAUAGUAACUUACUCCAAAUGUAAGAGUCCUAGCUAUAGGAACUUGACACAGUGAAAGAACUUGAAUUGAUUGAAGGAAACAGUCCUGUUGGUCUGUCGGUUUGUCCGUCUCAUGUUGAGGUCAUUCCCUCAUAGGUCCAACCUGCACACUGCCCAGUCAGUGACCAGUGGCUUCUGUUGUGACACAAAAUGGCCGAUUUUGGUUUUAGUGGUGUUGACUCGGCACAUCCAUGUUAGACAUACAGUACAGCUAACCUGAAACUGAUGGAUUUAAGUGCAAUAGGGCUCCAGCAGUGGCAGUUUACAGCUGUGAAGAAGCUCUCUAUUAUAUUAAAUGUCUGCAUUAUACCAAAUAUAUUUAAUUUGUAGAAUAGUCUUUACACGUUUUAAAACAAAAGGAUGAUUGUAUGUUCAAGUUCCUGAUAAUAUUCAAAUUCUAAUCAUGUUUUGCUAUAUCCACAAUUGUGCUCGGCUUUCUCCUGACCUCACCCACUAGGGGUGCUCCUCCUAGUCUUCAACUAUAGAAUCUACAGACCAACUCCCAGCUGCUGGAGCACCAAUAACUCUUACAGUUUCAAACCUGGUUCUGAAUGUUCUGAUUCUGGGUAGAAGAUUCAGAUUCUGAAUGUUCUGAUUCUGGGUAAAUUCGUUUUUUUUUUGUCUGUGUCAACAUUGUGCAGGUUGGGCCCAAUGGAUUGGCUUCGUCUUGUAUGGCACAGUAGACAUUUUAAAGCUUGCCGAAGAGCGUGCUGAAGUGAAAAGCACUAACCUCCUCUGUCUCUGAGGUGUUGUUGAGGAUAAUACUCUGGUGCUACUGACAGAAGGAGACUCUGACUCUGGUGCAGCAAGCCAAAUGAUCUAAACCAGGCCUUUCCAACCCUGUUCCUGGAGAGUUACCAUCCUGUAGGGUUUCACUCCAACCAUAAUCUAGCACACCUGAUUCUAAUAAUUGAUAAGCUGAAUCAGGUCAGUUAAAACUGGGGUUGGAACAAAAACCUACAGGAGGGUAGCUCUCCAGGAACAGGGUUGGAGAGAUCUAAUUUAAAGAUGGUCCUUGCUCGAAGGGGGAAGAGGAGAGGAAAAGAGAAGAGAGAGAGAAUAUUAUUUUUGUUAUUGUUUGUUCUUCUACUUUCUUGUUUCAUCUUCUCAGCAGCAUGAAUGAUCAACAUAGAGUACUGUGCCUUUACUGUGAGUUUACCCUCUCAGAUUCACAGACCCUGUUCCCAUCACCCCCUACCCUAACACUUCACUCCCUACAGUCCCCAUCACCCCCUACCCUAACACUUCACUCCCUACAGUCCCUACCCUAACACUUCACUCCCUACAGUCCCAUCACCCCCUACUGUCCCAUAGCACCCUACUCCCUCACUCUCCUCACCCCCUACUGUCCCAUAGCACCCUACUCCCUCACUCUCCUAUCACUCCCUUGUCUGUCCUCUGUCCCUAUCAUCAGGUACUAACCCACAUUUCCCAUUCACUUUUAUUCAGCACCCCAAUUCUGUUGUACCCUAACCCAUGAUCACUCCUGUUAGGCAUGUCUCCCAACCUCUCACCCAGUCUCCCAACCUCUCAUCCAGUCUCUCACCCAGUCCCUCAAACGCUCACCCUUCCCAGGCACCUCUGUUUGAUCCUUGCUUCUCUUGUUAUGGCUAGACAUUCCUCUCGGUCUGUCAUGAUGUUAUUCCCUCAGCUCCGAGGACAUGACGUGUGAUUAACGACAGUCACCUCCCCAGCUCUCGUACCGUCGGCAGUACUCUACGUGAUGGGUCACCAUGUCCUCUCAAAACAAACAAAUUAUGAGCCGGUUUCGUCAACCAAAUAUCCUGUCUGUGUGAAAUCGAAGGUGGAGACCGAGGCACAAUGAUUCUCCUUGUCUUCUGUCUGGUGUGUCUCUUGUCGUGUUACACGGGCACACCUCGCUGAUGAGGAAGAGGAAGUGACAACAUAGUUCUCCAGCUCCACCCAUCAGUAUCAGUGUAUUUAUUACUAGUGAUGAUCGUUUCAUUUGUCAAAUGUUUGAGGAAGAAAAAUGUUUAAUUAAGGGGGGGGGGGGGGGGGGGGGGUAAAUGUUGGCAAAGAAGAGUAUAUACAUUUUGGGGUUAUAUGAGAAUGCUGCUUUGACUCUAGUGAUCCUGGGGUGUCAAAUGGUAGUAUGACCACGAGGUGGCGCCUGACUGGGCAGCCCCAGAGGAGUCCAAAUGGGCAUUGGGCAAUAUUCUGAAGUGGCUUCCUUUCCUUGUCUCCUUUCCUCCAUCUGCACUGAUCUGAAAGGAGUGGAGGUGAAAAAUAGCCAUAUUGUUUACACCUAUGCUGUUGAAGCAGAGGAGACGAGGAGAGGAAUCUGUUUUAGACUAUUGAGAUUCACCUCCUCUCUACCCUAGAUGUUUCCAUUCCCACUUUUUCUCAUUUUAAAUUAUUAUUUUAUAAAGUAUUAGUCAUUCUUGAUCUGAUUGUGCAUUGACUGUGUCGCGGCUAUGCAUUGCAUUUGUUAGUUAUUUUCUGUGUGUGAAAUCAAAGCUUUGAUGUCUCAGGGUUCUGGAAGUGAGUGAAGGGUUUCCGUUGGUUUAUAUGUCUACCUGUUUGACUGUAACCAGAACCCAAACCUAUGACGGCACCAGCCCACUGUCUUAUGACACUGAGUAGAGACAGACUGUCGUCUGUCACAGGCUCUUUGAGGUUAUGUGUCUUUGGGACGGUUUCCUGGACACAGAUUAAGCCUAGUCCUGGACUGAAACAUGUCUCCAUUGAAUAUGCUUUUUAGGGAAACCAACCCCCUAUGUCUGUCAAACCAAUGGGAGCUAUAGUAGUGUGAGAGAGUGACAGGGUGUUGGUCACAUCUUUAACCAGAGGGAGGCUGUGUUUCCCACAAAAAUCCUCUUUGCUGCUGCCUACUGCUACCCAUAGAGAUGGAUAAAGGACUCAUCUUUGUAUCUGCGCCAUUAUAAUGCCUAUGGCAGCAUGGAGUAGUCUCCAUUAGGAAGUAGUCAAUUUUCUUAUUCACGAUUGGCCGAUCCCUCCUGAUGACCCGGUUGGACAUGACUCCAACAGGGUCUCCAGGAUGGCUCAGUCAAUAAAGUUGGAAGUCCCACCCAGUUGACUACAUUCAAAUUGUGGAAGCCUUCAAUGGCGCUGCCCAUGCUAACAUGGCCUUUUGGCCACUAGAGGCCUCUAUCAUUCUCUAGUACAGUGGUCACCAACCUUUUCUGAGUCAAGAUCACUUUCUGAUUCAAAAUGCAAGCUGAGAUUUACCACUCAUAUUUAUUUUUUAAAUGUAAGCCUAUGCAACAUUAACCAAUUAAAAACUGUUCUGUAGUAAUGAGGUUUGCAGUAGGUUAUGGGCCGAAGACACUAUCACUGUAUAUUGGCUACGCUUGACUUACCCUGCCAAUGUUGUUCUUCUCAGACCAUUUUGAAAUUCUAUAUUUUUUAAAUGUGGUAUAUGAUAAUUGGUCAUUUGUAAUUGUUGUAUUCAUUGUGAGGCACAGCUCAGGCUCAUGGCCUGCAUCUGAUGGUCAGUCUGAGGUGAGAGUGACACAGUCCAGCUGAAACUCAAGUAGCACUGCAUUAUUUCUGUCUCAUGCACCAAUUUAUGUUGUUACUCCUAUGACCAGAGAAAGUGAAAUAUUCCUUGAUAUUAAAAAAGACAAGCUGCUAAUAAUAACAACGCAAGCUUAUUGAAACACUUUGCUAUGCUCAUUCAUUACAGCUGCAGUACAGCUGCAUGUUUUGAAAUCUCACAGAUGGCUCAGAUCACUGUGCAGUCAUGGUGAUCUCAGCUAUCUGAUUGGCCAGUGGUUGGCCUAUAGGUGCCCUUGAUUUGCUCUCUGGGCUGGCCGGGUAGGCGGAGUAUUACCUUCAGACACAUGAAAUGGUUAAAAACACUUGGCCUUCCCAGCGCUAGGGCUGCUGAAUCAAGUGCACCUCCCGCCAACAGCACUAAAUAAAACCAAACAAUAGGAACGCAAGGCUUUAUCGUUGUUUUUUUUUAACCGAAAUAUUUGGUGAUCGACUAGGAAUGCCUUGGAGAUCGAAUUGUCCAUCACGAUCGACCGGUUGGUGACCACUGCUCUAGUGCUACCAUACCAGUGAACCUUCAUUCCAUAAGAGUAACCAUUAUGUCCCUAAGUGUAUUAAAGAAUGUCUGAUGUAUUUAUAAAAUCAAUGCAUUGCUCUUCUAUAGUACUGGGAUUAUGGCUAAUGAAUAAAACAGAUUGAUGAAUG